AUUCUUACUAUAAGAGGCACAAUUCUGGAGACAACUAAGAGGAAAUUUAGGGAAAAUAUCCCUAUCAGCAGAAGAGCUCUGAACUGUUUCCUUCAGCUUCAGAGAUAUAAACCAUGCAUUCCAGAACUAACAGCACCGAAAGCCCAACCAGACCAAAGCUGAGCCAACCAAGGGCGAAAGACCACCACAAAGGAGAGGUUGGUUACAGUGGGAAAGGAAAUGCACAAGCACAGCCGAAAGACAAGGACGAUGUAGCCCGAGCCAGCACCAUCCUGAGAAGUCCAAAGGCAGAGAAAAAGCAAAAAAGUUCUGUCAAGAAAAGAGAGGAUCUCUCUCGUGAUGACUUGCUAUUUCUUCUCAGCGUCCUCGAGGGUGAAUUACAGGCUCAAGAUGAAGUUAUAGGAGUACUUAAGGCUGAAAAAAUUGACUUGGCUUUGCUUGAAGCACAAUAUGGCUUUGUUACUCCCAAGAAGGUGUUAGAGGCACUCCAGCGAGACGCUAUUCAAACAAAGGCUGAGCAAUGGCAAGAAGAUGUCUAUGAAAAGCCUAUGGGAGAGCUUGAUAAAGUUGUAGAGAAACAGAAAGAAGUUCACAGAAGAAUGCUGGAACAACUUCUAAUGGUGGAAAAAGCACACAGACAGACACUGCAUGAGCUAGAGGAAGAGAAGAGAAAGCACAGCAAAUACAUGGAAAAAAGUGAUGAGUUUACAAACUUGCUGGAACAAGAAUGUGAAAGAUUGAAAAAGCUUCUUGAACAAGAGACAGUAUAUCAAGCAAAAAAAGAAAAGGAAAACAACAAGAAAAUAGCUAAACUGAAAGAAGAAUUGACUAAACUGAAAUCCUUUGCUUUAAUGGUGGUGGAUGAACAGCAAAGACUCACUGAGCAGGUGAAUCAACAAAGUAAAAAAAUUCAAGAAUUAACCACUUCUACAGAACAAGCACACGAAAAGCUGACUUUUGCUGAAGCAAAAAUUCAAGAAGAGAAACAGAGAUCCAGCAGGCUGGAGGCUGAAAUUCACGCCCAGAGCAGUAGGAUUUCCCAAGACCAAGAAGCAAUGAUGGCCAAACUAACCAAUGAAGACAGCCAGAAUCGCCAGCUCCGGCUCAAAUUAACGACUCUCAGCCGGCAAAUUGAUGAGCUGGAAGAGACCAACAGAUCUUUACGAAAGGCAGAAGAAGAACUACAAGACAUAAGAGAUAAGAUAAAUAAGGGAGAGUGUGGGAACGCCGCACUUAUGACUGAAGUAGAAGAACUACGGAAACGGCUGCUAGAGAUGGAAGGAAAAGAUGAAGAGCUCAUAAAAAUGGAAGAUCAGUGCAGAGAACUUAAUAGAAAGUUAGAACAAGAAGCAUCACAGAGCAAGAACCUUAAAGGGGAAGUGGAUAAACUUAAUAAAAGAAUUAUGGAGCUGGAGAAACUAGAAGAUGCUUUCAACAAGAGUAAACAGGAAUGUUACUCCCUGAAAUGCAACCUAGAAAGAGAAAAAAUUUUAACAAAGCAGUUGUCCCAUGAGCUGGAUGGUUUAAAAGCUAGAGUUGGUGAGCUUGAAGCAAUUGAAAGCAAGUUAGAAAAAACUGAGUUUACACUUAAAGAAGAUUUAACAAAGCUGAAGAGUUUAACAGUGAUGCUGGUGGAUGAAAGAAAAACUAUGGGUGAAAAAAUAAAGCAAACAGAAGAAAAGCUGCAAGCUGCAACUUCCCAGCUUCAGGUGGAACAAAAUAAAGUGAUGUCAGUUACAGAAAAGCUGAUGGAGGAAAGUAAAAAGGCACUGAAAUCAAAAUCUGAUGCAGAGGAAAAAAUGUCCAGUGUUACAAAAGAAAGAGAUGAACUGAAAAACAAACUGAAAGCAGAAGAGGAGAAAGGAAGUGAUCUUGUUUCCAAAGUGAAUAUUUUAAGUAAAAGACUUCAGUCCCUGGAAGAUGUUGAAAAAGAGUUUCUUAAAAGUAAACGUAAGGAAAGUACUAAAUCCAGCACCUCCUUGCAGCAGGAAAACAACAUAAUCAAAGAGCUUUCUCAAGAAGUUGAAAGGCUUAAGCAGAAGCUCAAUGAAAUGAAGUCAGUAGAAGAUGAUCUUAUGAAAACUGAAGAUGAAUUUGAGUCUCUAGAACGAAAAUAUGUCAGUGAACAGGACAGAGCUAGGCUCCUCUCCGAGGAGUUGGAGGCUGUGAAAAUGGAAUUGGCGAGGUAUAAAUUAACAGAAAAGGCAGAGUCCAAUCAGGAGCGCCUUUUCAAGAAACUCAGAGAAGAGGAAGCUAAAUCGAGUCACCUUUCCAGAGAAGUAGAUGCACUGAAAGAGAAAGUUCAUGAAUACGUGGCAACAGAAGACCUAAUCUGCCACCUGCGAGGUGAUCACACAGUCUUACAGAAGAAACUCCUCCAGCAAGAAAACAAAAACAGGGAGUUAGCAAGAGAGAUGGAGAGCCUCACCAAAGAGCUGGAGAGGUACAGAUCCUUCAGCAAGAAUAUCAGGCCUGGUCUCAACGGAAAGAAAGUUCCAGAUGUGCAAGUUUUUUCUAAAGAAAUCCAAACAGAUCCAGCAGACAACGAGCCACCCGAUUACAAAACCCUCAUGCCUUUGGAGCGAACGGUCGUAAAUGGGCAGCUCUAUGAAGACAGUGAUAAUGAGGAGGAACAAACAGCGUCUUUCAAAAGCAACUCAUCCAACGCAAAUGCCGCCAACAAAAAGCUGUGGAUCCCUUGGAUGAGGUCCAAAGAGAGCCAUCCUCAAAAUGGAAAGAUACACACAAAGCAAAAUGGAAACUGUGCACAGACUGGAGAUCUAGUGCUAAGCCAUACACCCGGCCAACCCCUUCACAUAAAAGUAACUCCAGACCAUAGACAGAACACAGCAACCCUGGAAAUAACCAGUCCUACCACUGAAAGCCCUCACUCCUACACCAGCACAGCAGUUAUACCCAACUGUGGCACUCCAAAGCAAAGAAUAACCAUUAUUCAAAACGCCUCCUUAACACCUGUAAAAUCAAAAGCAGGAGAAGGUUACAUGACCCCAGAGCAUGUAAUUUCUCCUAUUACUAUGACUACUACUUUUUCAAGAUCUCAAACUCCUGAAUCGUGUGGUUCUCUAACUCCUGAAAGAACAAUGUCCCCUUUGGCUUUGCCCGGCUCAAGUUCUCAGGAACAAACACUCUCCUCAGAGCCUUUGGAAACAGGAGCCAAGCACACUGUUUUUAGAGUAUCCCCAGACAGACAGUCAUCAUGGCAGUUUCAGAGAUCUAACAGUACAGGAUCAAGUGUCAUAACUACUGAGGAUAACAAGAUCCACAUUCAUUUAGGAAGUCCUUAUGUGCAAGCUCUCACCGCUUCCAAGCCCACUAGCCCUUGCAAUGCAGUGCAAGACAGCAGAACUCCAGCCCUAGCUAAUGGCCUGCCCACUAAGCCCACCAAUAAAAUCACCAGCAGUAUUACUAUCACCCCAACAGCCACUCCUCUGCCACGGCAAUCACAAAUUACAAUUACCAAUACCUUCCGUCGUUCAAUUCCAACUCGGAUCCCCAAACCAAAGCCGGCAAGCACAACCAAAGCCCCUGUCAAAAUUCCUGCUGGACAUCCCAACAAGCCACUCCAAGAGAGUCCUUCUGGCAAGAUACGCAUUGUAAGGACGGUGUCUAAAGCCUGCCUUCAAAGUGGAGGGAGAAGAGUGCAUUCCAACAGUCUAAAUGGCUCAACUGACAACACAUGGGAAAACUCCUUACACAUAGGUGUUUCUUUAAGAACUGUCAAAUCCUAAUUCCUAAAUAAAACAAAAGCUGGUGGUGAUCACAGUGCCAUAGCCAGAACUGCAAUCCUUUUGCUGAAGCAAGGAGAGAUUCUGAUGCAUUCAGUUAUACAAUUUUUCCCUUUCAUUUCACAGCUAAAAGUUUAACUUAACCAUGGAGACAGUACAACACACAGCACUGCUGUGUGACUGUUUUUGCAAACCUACAAGAAACCUAUGCCUUCCUCAACAGCUUCACAAGAAAUUCUCUAGAAAUACUUUUAAAAAGUUUUAAAAGAUCAGUUUACUAAAAAUUUAUUUCAGCUGUAUCCUACAAGACACACCUGGGAUAAAUGCAGACAUUAAAGAAUGUCUUUGCCACAGUAAAAAGGAAAGGCUUCCCAUUUUAUUGGCUAAAUCUGCAGCUAUCAAGUUCUGAGAGUCCAUAUCAGGUGUGCUCAGAUCCCAACACAGCUGACAGAAGUAAACCACUGCAACCUGCAGAGUGAAUGCACAUUGAUGUGAAGAAACACAGAUUUCAAAAAGCAGCUGUCAACUUGGCAUGCUUAUCAGAAAUAUCUUCAAGUACUGACCAAGUUCUAUUACAAGGAACAGCAAAUCAUUGAUGAGCCUGAAAAAAGAGAUUCAAACCUCUUCAAGCAGAGUCCAGCAACAGAACCUCAGCUCUGACCAAGCAACAGUGCUCCCACUGAAUGCACUACAGUGAAGAGUCUGCUUCCCAAUGGCUGCAAAUCACACACUACAAACUGAUGUUAACUGGCACCUUCACUACAAAGAAAGAAAAGAGAAUCCCUGGCAAAAGAAUUCCUGCAAUUCUUGCAAUAGCAUCCUUUGCUUUAGAGCCCACACAGGACCCCACAAGCACAGCCAAAUCAUCCUCUGUGGUCCCAUAUUAUACUUCUGACCUAUUUUUGCUGCUGACAUACGAGAGUUUUGCUCCUGUCUUGUAGUGACACAAUUAAUUUUUACCUAUGAUGGCAAUGCCUCUCAUAGGUAGAUCCUAUUUAAGAAUCUAAAACUGACAAAUGGGGAUACUACACUCCUACAGGAUUAAGGGUGAUACAGAAAGCAUGGAGAAUGAAAGACAAGGAGGGGUAACUAAAAAGGAGGCAACUGGAAGAAUUUCUGGAAAAUAAGAAAUCCAUCUCUCUCCCUCAAACUGACUGGGAGAUGAGGCACACUGGCUACAGGCAACAUCUGGACAUUUAUAGUGCUGUGAAAAUGCUCUUUUCUGCUCACAGAGGGAAGAAGAGAAAGUUGGGAUCCUUCACCAGUAUGAAAUAAACUCCUCCAAAUUCCUUAUC